AUGUGUCCCGGUGAGGGGCGGGCCCCGGGGCAGGGCACGGGUGAGGGGCAGGAGGUGCCCGGGGUGUGCCCAGGUGCCGGGCAGGGCACGGGUGAGGGCCAGGAGGUGCCCCGGGUGUGCCCAGGUGCCGGGCAGGUGCUGUUCCAGACCGACACGUUCUUCCGAGUGCCGCGGGGGCGGCUCAAGCUGCGCCGGACACAGGACGGCCGGGGGGAGCUGAUUUUCUACGAGCGCCCCGACGCCGCCGGCCCCAAACUCUCCAGUUUCACCAUCACCCCCACGGCCGACCCCGAGGGGCUGCAGGCGGUGCUGGCACAGUCUCUGGGCGUGCUGGGCACGGUGACCAAGGAGCGGCUCCUGCUGCUGCUGGGCCAGACCCGGUUGCACCUGGACCGAGUGCAGGGCCUCGGGGACUUCCUGGAGCUGGAGGUGGUGCUGCGGCCGGAGCAGAGCGUGCAGGACGGGCAGCGCCUGGCGCGGGAGCUGCUGCGGGAGCUGGGCAUCGCGGAGCGGGAUCUCAUCUCCGGGGCCUACCUGGACCUGCUGCUGGCACAGGGACAGCCGGGCACGGCGGGGCACGGGGACAGCCCCCAGUGCCACCCCCGGCCGGGCAAGGCCAGCGGGGCUGAGGGCAGGGGGGGUGUGGGGGGAUGUGCCAGGACACCCUGUGCCCACCCCAUGAACACCCUGUGCCCACCCCAUGAACACCUGUGCCCCUAUGGACACCCUGAGCCCACCCCAUAAACACCCUGAGCCCACCCCAUAAACACCCUGAGCCCACCCCAUAACACCCUGAGCCCCUAUGGACACCCUGUGCCCACCCCAUAAACACCCUGUGCCCCUAUGGACACCCUGAACGCCUCCAUGUGUCUUGUCCCACCC